UCUUGUGCGUACAGCAAUAAAAUAAUUAUUUCAAUAAUAAUUAAAAAAUGUCGAAAUGUUUAAUAUUUUUUAUAAUAACAAUAACAACAUUUUUAGCAAUAAAUUCAGUGCACUGUGAUUCCUACGAAGAAGAGAAAAGUCAUCAUUUCUUAAUGGGUUUUAUGAAAGGUGGGGAUCGUUUAUUGUACAAAGGAAUAUUUGUAAAAAAGGCAAAAUGGUUUAGAAAACGCACACAAGAUAUUAAAUUCCCUGAAAUAGCUGGAAUUGCAUUUGGACCAACAAUUACAUUCAUUAAAGUUACGGAUCAAUAUCAGAAUGGCGAAGGUGGAUAUGCAUCAAUUUAUGAAGGAGGAGUUGGAGAGAAAUCCGUUACGAUGCAUCUAAAAUCACAACGUGGUCAUGGUUUUAAUUUCAUGAUUGAAAUCUACGGACAUUCAAUUUAAAUUUGUUUUUAA